UGCAGCUGCAUGUUUACAAUCUUUUACGGGGUUUUGCAGAAAAAAGGAUGAACCCAACACUGUUAGGGAUUCUGCUAAUUAUAACAGCAGCAUUAAAAUUUUCCAACGCACAAGUUGACGAACGCCCCGUUAUCUUACCAGCCCCAGUUCGCGGCAUUGAUUGCAUCUGUGACUACAAUGCUAACCCUUGUCGCUGCAAGUUUGAAGUUGAACAUCUUUUGACGAUGAUAUACCAGGAGGGUGAUGAGACAUACCUUGUUAAACCGUAUAAAGGAAAGUUGAUGGCCAACAAAACCAUUCUGAAUGCAAGUCAGGCUGAACAAGUGAUUACAGCAGACGGAGAUGGUUCAAGACUAGUUAUUGGAAUCAACGGGAAGUUUCCUGGCCCGAUGAUUGAUGCGUAUGAGAAUCAAGAAAUAGAGAUAACUGUUGUCAACCGAUUCCAUACGGACAGUGUAACGAUUCAUUUCCACGGUCUCCAUCAAGUCGGACGGCCAUCGAUGGACGGAGUAGCUUUCGUCUCACAAUGCCCCAUUCUUCCCGGACAAACUUUUGUGUACAAGAUCAUAGCAAGUCCUCCUGGAACAAGUUAUUAUCACGCUCAUAUAGGAGACCAGAGAAGCAUGGGCCUGUAUGGGCCUUUUGUUAUAAGGAAACCCCAAAGCGCUGAUCAAUUCUUUGGAGAAAUUAUCGUAACUCUCCAGGACUGGAACCAUGAUAUGGAUUCAGAAACAGCGUAUCAACGAAUGAUUACCGAACAGUUUAACAGCGCAGGAAAUAAGCUCCCUCCAACGUUUUCAGUAGACAAUGCUAAAUUUAGCAGGUUUGCAUUUCAUUCUGGUCUUGUAAAUGGUAAAGGAAGGUAUUGGUCAACAAACAAAAAACACAACAAUGCGACUCUUGAAAGAUUUAUUGUUCGAAAAGGACAAAAGUUUAGGUACAGAAUUAUUGGCGCUCAAACACUAUAUCCAAUGAGAGUGUUCAUACAAGAACAAACUCUUUCACUUAGGACAUCAGACUGUUAUAAUCUUAAGCCAAUAGAAGUUCAGUCAAUAAUUGUACAUCCGGGUGAACGGUUCGAUUUCACGUUCAGUUUUGGGAGUGCUUCAAGAAAAGAAUACCUUUUGGUUGCAGAAACUAUUGAAACUCGCGAUAGUCACAAUAGCUACCAUGCGGCUGAAGCGGUAAUUGAAAUUGAGGAUUUUGAUGAACCACGAAACGUUAACCCCGAGAACGACUACACAAAGACGGAAGUUUGCAGUGAAGUUGCAAAAUGCGCUGUUUUUAAUUGUCCAUACGGAAGUCCGGGUACAAAUUCUCAAAACUGCCUAAACUUUAACCACGUCACAAACACAGAGCCUAACAGGGAUCCUUCUAGUAUUAUGAGCAUUGACGAAGAAUACUUCUUCAACUUUGCUUUUCCCGGGAGAGGCUAUACACCAGGGUCAGUAAAUGGUCGAGAAUUUGUGUCCCCUGUAUCUCCAGUUCUAACACAGCCUGGUUCACUGAAGACAAAAUGCGGUGAAAAGGACUGUACCAAUGACAUCUGCAAGUGCACAUAUAUUGUGGACCUACCAAAGGACAAGGUCAUUCAGCUGAUCUUUACUAACCUUGGCACUGGGUCGGGUUGGUCCCAUCCUGUCCAUUUACAUGGUCACACUUUCUUUGUAAUGAAAAUGGGGUUCGGUGCAUACGAUGAAACAAACGGGCGUCUCAUAAACGACACUGCAGACAUCAUGUGUACAGAUUUGAACAACUUUUGCACGGAUAUGCGAUGGACCAAUUCUUCUUGGACAGGUGGAAACAUUCCUGACCUGAAUAACGAUCCUCCCCAAAAGGAUACCAUAGUUGUGCCGACCGGCGGUUACGUUGUUGUCCGCAUAGUAACAAACAACCCUGGUAUGUGGUUCCUCCAUUGUCACAUCGACCUCCACAACACUAAUGGAAUGGCCAUGGUUAUCAGUUCCGGACAAGGGUCGUAUCCAAAAACUCCUGAAGGAUUUCCGACAUGUGGCAACUUUCUGAACGAUGAAGAAUCGGAUGAUGAAACGAGUACACCACUCCCUCUAUGGUCUGUAGUAGUAAUGGGUUCUCUCGGAGGUCUUUGCUUCAUAUUGAUCAUCUGUAUCAUAAUAUUAUGGUAUGCAGCAAGGAACUGAGUUUAAAAUGCUGUGCAGGCCGAUUUCGAUGUGGGUUGGAUGUAUGCUACCUGGAAUAUGUUUUAUGUUUAAGGUGCGUUUUUCGCGCCGCAUAUUUCCUACCUUUUUACUCAUUUAUAAACACACCAAUUUCCUUACAUAUUACUUCAGAACCUUAAUUUACACAGGGGAGUAUCACGUGAUCGCUAUAGUACAUCGGCCGAACAAGAUGGCGAAUAAUUCGCCCGCUUCAACGUAUAAUUUCAGAAAAACAGACAACACGCGAGUAAACUGUAUUACAAUGCGGAUACUCUGCGCCUGUUAUACAGAUCCUUCCGUAAUAUUCACCAUCCGUAAAUGCCGAAAUUAUAAUUAUAAUAAGGAUAUAAUGUGGAAUUGUUUUAUGUUUUACAAUUUCAUUACAUUAUUUCGAACAUGCUUUUGAAGAUAUGCACAAUACUGACUGAUCUAUUAAUUUUCCGUACAGCGACUAAUUAUCUGCAUUGUUUGUUUGUUUGUUUUUUAACAAGUUGUACUGUAAACGACAAACAGCAAUAUAACGAGCAGCUGCUUGAUUUCCUAUAUCCUAAUCAGAUCUGUAACAUAUUAUUUCUCUGACACUGCCUUUCAUGGCAAAGAUUGGAUACAUUGAUGUUAACCAUGUGGUGUCACAAUUGGUGAAAAUGAUAAUGUGUAUCUAUUACAAAAUCAUACGUGUUUAGCUUACUUGAGCACAAAGUGCUCAGCGUCAGCUAUUAUGAUAGGGUAUUUGUCCGUCGUCCGUCGUCGUCCGUCGUCAUCAUUUUUCUUCAAACAGCUUGUCCUCCUUAACAACUGGGGCAAUUUUAACCAAACUUCAUAUCAAUGUUCCUUUAGUAGUCCUCUUCCGGGUUCCUUCAAUAAAAGUGUUUCCAUGCAGAACUCUUGUUGCCAUUGCAACCGAAAUGAAUAAAUCGUCUGCUCAGAAUAUGCUGGCCCGUUUUUAAAAUAACUUCACAGAAAUGUUCCUUAAGUUACCAUAUAUCAAGUGUCUUCAUCCAACGUUGUUUCGUAAAAAGAACGGCCGCCAGUGGGUAAGGCUACUUUUCACUAUAUGUCUUUAUGGAAAAUUUUAAAAAUCUUCUCUCAGAAACCAGUAGCCCAUUUUGUUAUUUAUUUAAACAUAUUCUUUGAUGUUAUUUUCCUAACAGUGUAAAAAAUGUUUGUAUUAUAUUUAUUCGUACGUUUUCAAUAGCUGUUGUUAUUCAAUAAGUGCUAACGAAGGACUCGCGGAUAUUUUGUAAUAUUUACACCUCAGCUCGGCAAUUGCGAAUAUUUUCAGAUGAACGCAAUAUAUUCGGAUUUGUUCGGAUCGCGAAUCAAUGCAUAACAAUAUCCAUGUAAAAUUGAAAAAAGAAUAUCUUGUGAUUUUUUGUAUUGUGUUAGGAAGCUCCGAAAAAAACCUUAAAUCAACAUGAUAGAAAGUGUUAAUUUAUAAUAUGUUAAAUGAAUUGUUUCAAUUUUACGUUUGAGUUGAAGUGAUUGAUUUUUUCCACGCGUUAUCGGACAUAAUGUGAUUAACUGUUUCCGGUUACGGUCGGGUCGUUCUAUGUACGGAAUAGGUGAUAAAAAUUACUGUGAGUUUCUAACAAUUCUUGAAUGAAAUAAUGAACUAUUGUUGUAAAAACAAGUAAUGAAUUGCGUGAUUGAUGUCAUUAUCGGGGCUAUGAACGCAGUUGGGCUGGAUAAAGUACGCAUUAAAGCACACACUUAAACCAGCCCAACUGCGUUUUCCAACGACACACACUUAACCAGCCCAACUGCGUUCAUACCCCGAUAUUAACAUCAAUCCCGCAAAUCAUUUCUUAAAUCUUAAAUAUAUGAUGACUCUUGACAUAUCCUAUAUGUAUGUUUAUAUAAUAUUGUGAAACAGUUUGUAUGUCAUAUGAUUAACCACUCUUCUUUGCACUGACCAUGACCGAAGUCACAUUGUACUAAAUAUGACACUGAUAAAUACAUUGUUUGUAUUUUAUGUCCUAUGUUUACAAUUCCAGUUUUUAUUUACCUUUACUGAGAUGUGUUGUAGUGUUAUAGUUAGAAGUGUACAUACA